AUGACUACCUCCAGCCAAGUCGGCUUAGACCCAGAGGUCUCCCUUAGCCUUGCUUAUCGCCAGUCUCAAAUUCAAGCUUUGAAUGUCGAACAAGAAGACCAAAGAGCGGCCUCUUCUCAGCGGCGGAACAUCUUAUUCACAGCAAAUGGAUGCGAUAUAUAUGUCUGGAUACCUUCUGGGCCCUUCCAACUACUGGGAUCCCAAGCGGAGAUGGUCAUUAAACCAUUGAUGCAGAACCCCCGCGCCGCUGGUUACAUUGACCGAUUAAACCCCCAUACUAUCAACAACAUCCUUGUCGAUGACUUGGGCCGUGAUGAAGUUCUCUUACUAGCAACUGACUCUGGCAAUGUUUGUGGCUAUCAUGUGGAGGCCAUAUACUCCGCGGUCAAGCGCUGCGCGGAGGCGAACUUUAAACGACCCUUCGAUGGCUCUGAAGUGAACCCAUUCUUCGUGGAAAAUGUCGGAAUGAGUGCUUGGGGAUUAGCUACUCAUAAGUUUGCUCGCCUAAUUGCUGUUAGUGCAAACACUGGCCAGAUCACGGUUUAUGCAUUUGCUCUGGUAGAGUCGAAGUCCGGUGAUAACGAUGAUCCGUCCUAUGAAACAGACUCGACUACUCUGAACAUGGGUCCAUCAGGUCAAAACUCGUCAGAUAAUACUUGGGUGUCUAUCAACCAUGUGAAGCAAUUAAAAGAUCUACAGAAGCUAAUGCCGUACCAUCAUCGAUCUCGGAAUUUACGAUUAACAUACAGAGGCCAUUUUGACAAUAUCCCCCAUAUAUCGUUUGCCAACUUCGAUCUGGAUGCGAACGGCAUGUGGAUGGUCAGUACGGAUAUCAGCAAUCGAGUUAUCAUUUGGAGGAUCUGGGAUGAUCUAGGACCAACAAGGGUAUACUAUCCUGGUCAUCCAAUGAAUAACCCUCCGCAGAGAGGCUGGACGGUGAUCCCAUUGGAUCCACGCACAUUCAAACGCUACGGUUCAAAGGAAGAAGCUUGCGGCUGCCAACCUAGAUCUCUCCUUAUUGGCAGCCGUACAAUCCUAGAUGUGUCAAGAGGGAUCGAGAAUGUUUCGGACGCAUCCCAGAUAUUUGUCUUUGGCUAUUCCACCUCGACUAGUCCUCGCAACAGGGAUUCAGCGACUAGUGAUUUGCCAGAUGAUGUUUUUUCAUCGGACUGCUGUCUUGAAUCUCAUUCUCUUACAACCUCGGAGAAGGAUUAUCUCGAUAUCCAAGAAACUCAUUCCUCUGCUGCACCGCAGAUAUCCCAAUCCGAAUCUGAGAACAGUUUCGGAUCUGAGCAUGACGAAAGCGAAGAAUCAAACCGAAUUGUACGAGUGAAGCGAUCCAUGUCAAAAAUUUUCGAAGAAGAGAACAAACACUAUCUUGUAUCACCCUGUCUGCACCCAGGCUAUCACUAUGACUAUGAAACGGGUUCUGAUCCGACUCUCAAAACUUUCAAGACUAGGCCUGUCCAUCCAAAAAAAGACCCUGCUUUCUUCCCUGUCAUCCAUUUCUCUGAGCAUCAUAUUAGCAUGGCACCAUAUCCAAUGGACUCCGAUUAUCAUCUUCUUUGCAGAACACCGUUAUUUCAACGAGUCUCCUUUGACCUCGAGAUAAGCUCUGCAUGUGACCGUUUUAAUAUGGUCAAAUACAUUUCCGAACUUGGUCUCGUGGUAGCCGCUUCGCAAAAAGGCCGCGUUGCGAUAAUUUGUCUUACUUGGCAAGAAAAUAUCGGAUACGCAUUUCGCCUCGAUUGGAUCGUCCCUUUCUAUACACAAGAGCGUGAUGCCGAACGGCCCAUCAUACCACUUCUUGGUAUGGCUGUCAGCCCUAUGCCAGGAUAUGAAGUCCCGCCAGACGUCCCAUGCAUCCCGAGGGAUGUCGAUCCCGCCGAUUGGAUCAAGUUCAACUACCGUAUUAUCAAUACCGAAAAUGAUGAACCCCCAUCUUCUAUACCAUCUCCCGCCUUCGAAUCCUCGAUUCUAUCCACCUCUCCUGCUACAACGACAAUUCCUAAUCACUUUGACCAGCGAGAACCCGAUCCCAGAUCGAGCCGUACCAAGAACGAAAAUCCUUCCAUAUCUACAGCCGAGUCAGACUCAGAGUCCAACUCCUCCAUACCAGGGGAUCAUCCUCAAAGCGCAGAACUAGAUGACGAGCACUGGGAUUACACACUCCCUGAACUCCAUGCGUGUGCCUCACAAACAUAUCGUCCCAAGGAACGCUGGCAUGGCUGGCACGCAUCUCGCCACUAUCGAUUACUUCUGCUCUACUGCGACCAUACAGUAAUGAGCUACGAGUUUUGGCAUGACUGGAAGGAUUGA